AUGGCCCUUAGCAUCACCAAGGUCACCGACGCCUCGCCUAAGAAGCCCACCACCCUGAAAGGCCCUUUCCUAGAGCAGUUCACCGACGACUGGGAGUCACGAUGGAAGCCUUCCCACGCCAAGAAGGACAUGAAGGGAUGGGCCUACGUUGGCGAGUGGUGCGUCGAGGAACCGUACCAGUUCAUGCUCGAGAAUCCGGCUGAGAAGGAAAUCUUUGGUUCGUACAAACGCUUCAUGGGCUCUUCAUGGGGAAAGAUGAACCCGGUGCAGGGCGUCGCCGGGACGAAGAUGGCGGGAUAUCCGUACUCGUUGCGCCGGCUCUGCGACAAGAACACAUCAUCUCGCCAAUCAUCAACAGUACCCGACAAGAUGGGGUAA